UCCUUUUCUGUUUAAUCUCAUUUUAUGCUUUGGAAACAUCGAUGAAUCACACACUUGGACCGUGUAUAAAAUCAGUACGCAAGUUUAAAUUGUCUUAGUGUGUCGGUUUUUCUUAUCGAAGAAUGUCGACUGGAGACGUUGAGUAAUUUUUAACACUUUUAAUUUGAAUUUCCGGGAUGUGAGUGUGUUUGUUGGAGAAACGGAAAACCAGAACUUAAUAUCCCGCGAAAUACUUGGUUGGUUUAGAUAACGAAAGAAUCCCGGAACGUUAACAUCAUGAAGUGUACAACGUGUGUGUUAGGAAUUUGUUUAAUAAUUAUUUCGGUGGUUGAUGGACAAAACGUUUUAAAUUGUGAAGAUCAAGAAAAUUGUGGGAAAUGUAUACAACAACCUGGUUGUGUUUGGUGUUCAGCUCCGAAUAUACCAGGAACUCCUCAAUGUCGUUUAGAGAUCGAAAUCAAAUCGUUGAAAAUAAAUUCUAACUGGUGUCCAGAAAAUGAAAUAAUAUCACCCCAAAUCGAAUACAACAUCACGCAAAAUAUCGAUUUAAACGAUGGUAAAACUGGAUCCGCCGUUCAAAUUAAGCCGCAAAGAGUUAAAUUGCGAUUACGUCGUGGAGAAGAAUACAAACUUUCAUUUCAAUAUUCAAAAGCAGCGAAUUAUCCGAUCGAUCUAUACUAUUUGAUGGAUCUUUCGAAAUCGAUGGCAGAUCAUAAAGAUAAAUUGGCUCAAUUGGGUAACGAAUUAGUGAGCGUUAUGAAAAAUAUUACAACCGAUUUUCGACUGGGUUUUGGUAGCUUUGUUGAUAAAAUUGCACUUCCAUUUACAAGUACUCAUCCAAGCAAAAUCAAUGAACCUUGCACAGGUUGCGUCCCAGCUUACAGUUACAAAAAUCACCUUUCCUUAACAAGGGAUCAUCAAAAAUUUUCAACCCAAGUCGGUAAUGCAAAAGUAUCUGGUAAUUUAGAUUUUCCCGAAGGCGGUUUUGACGCUUUAAUGCAAGCCAUCGUUUGCAAAAAUGAAAUCGGUUGGAGAGAAGAUGCCAGACAUAUGUUGAUUUUUUCAACGGACGCGGAUUCGCACGUUGCGGGCGAUGGUCGAUUAGCUGGAGCUAUUGAACCAAACGAUGCUAUGUGUCACCUUGAAAAUAAUAGUUACACAACGAAAGCUUUGCAAUACGAUUACCCUUCAGUUUCACAUCUGAAUUAUGUAGCUAAACAAAAUAAUAUUAACAUUAUGUUUGCUAUUGCCGGGACAAAUCAGGGUAGUAGUGAUAGAGUUGUUAAAUGGUACAACGAUUUAAAACCGAAUAUUGAAAAUUCUGUGGUUGGGGUACUGGAAAGAGAUUCGUCAAAUGUUGUACAAUUAGUUCUUGAAAAUUAUAAUAAAAUUGUUGAUUCAAUUCGAAUAACGGACAACUCAUCCAGCACGAUCGACAUUAAAUACGAAUCCCCAUGUUUUACUUUAGACGAUAACAUUUGCAAUAACAUAACAGUGGGAAAAUCAGUAAAUUUCACCGCUGUUAUAAAACCAAUAGAAUGUUCAUCGGGUAAACAAUUAAUUCAAAUAAAACCUGAAGGAGUAUCGGAAUCUUUAAUUGUUGAAUUAGAAAUAGAAUGUAGUUGUUCUUGUGAAAAACAAGGGGAAUACGUAACUUCAUCGCCGGAUUGUUCUUAUAACGGAACGAAAAUUUGCGGCGUUUGCGAAUGCGAUAAAGGAUUUUUUGGGAAAAAUUGCGAAUGUAACCAAGAAACGGCAUCUUCAACAGACGAUUCCAGUUGUAAACGGAAACCUACCGAUUCGGAAGUUUGUAGUGGAUUGGGAACGUGUAAAUGCGGAAAAUGUAUCUGCCAAGAUAGACCUGGACAAGAAUUUAUUUAUGGAAAAUAUUGUGAAUGUAAUAAUUAUUCAUGCAAACGUAUUAAAGGAUUACUUUGUUCGGGUGAAGAUCGUGGAAAAUGCGAAUGUGGGCAAUGUUCUUGUUUACCAGGAUGGACCGGAGAUGCUUGCGAUUGCUCCAACAGAAACGAUACCUGCAUUUCACAAACUGGUAAUGGGUUAAUUUGCUCAGGACAUGGAAAUUGCGUUUGCGGAGAAUGCCAGUGUAAUCAAGACGGUUAUAAAUACUCAGGAAAUCAUUGCGAAGAAUGCGCUUCUUGCCCAGGACAAAGAUGUGAAGAAUUACAUCCUUGCGUUGAAUGUCAAGUUUUCAAAACCGGAAAAUACAACGAAUCUCACUGCGAAAUGGUUUGUAUCGAUUUUAACACAACAACAGUUACUAAAAUUGAAGAAGACACUGAAAAUCAUGAUAUAAAAACCUGUCGCGUUUUCGACGAUGAAGGUUGUGCCAUUUUAUUCCAAUAUCAAUACGGUGCGAACAAAGAACUGAUUGUUGUUGCACAAGAUCAUAAAGAAUGUCCGGAACCAGUUGAUAUUCUAGUCGUUAUUUUAAGUGUAAUUGCAAGUAUCGUACUUGGUGGAUUAAUUUUAUUAAUUAUUUGGAAAGUUCUUACUUCUAUUCACGAUAAAAUUGAGUACGAAAAAUUUGAGAAAGAACGUAAAGAAGCAAAAUUCGAUGUUGGUCAAAAUCCUUUAUAUAAAGGUGCAAGUACUACCUUUCAAAAUCCCACUUAUAGAAAAUAAUUUGUAUUUUAAAGAGACUGAUAUUAAUAAUAAUAAUAAGCUAUUCCUAAAUCGUACACAACAAAUUUGCCAAGUAAUUUAAUUAUUUAGGAACACAAUCGUUUAUUGCCAUCUUAAAUUUAUAAAUCUAGAUGUGUCUUAUUUAUUAAAAAAACUUUUAUGC